GGUUGUCGCUGUGCCGCGUGGGCGAGCAGACCCGGCAGCGGCCAGAGCUCCAGGCGCUGGGGACGCAAAAGCCGGCUGGAGAUUAAAAAAAGAUCCCUGAGUAACUCAAAUGCAGGAACAUUUUAACACUCCAGGGUGAAGAAUCUGUGCCAGCAUGUCUGCCUACUACAGGAAUAAUGGGUAUGAGGAAGAUCCAGAUUACCCUGACUAUUCAGGAUCUCGGAACCGUAUGUGGGGGCAUUUGAAAACUCAGGAUUAUCCAGAUUCUCCAGAUGCUCUGAACAACUCAGGCUACCCUAGCACCAGGAGCAACCCAUACUCUGCAGACUACAGAACAGGUCCAGACUAUCCUGGGUCUCUAGCAGAACCAGAUUAUCCUGGAUCUCGGAGUCAUCCAGACCAGUCUGGCACCAGAAGCAACUCAUUCUCUGUUGGCUCCAGAAGAAGUUCAGAUUAUCCCAUAUCUUUGGCAGAGCCAGAUUAUAUUGGAUCUUGGAGCAAACCAUACCAUCCAGGCUCAUCCAGAGAGCCAGACUACUCUGAAUCCCAAUGGAAUUUUGAUUUUGCAGGUUCCAGAAGCAGUGGAAACUAUGCAGGCUCCAGAACAAAUCCCGGUUAUCUCGACUCUUUGGGAGAACCAGACUACCCUGGAGCUCAGGGAAACUCUAAUCAUCCUGGCUCCAGGGCAAAUUCCAACCAUCCCGGUACCAGAAGGAAUCCAGAAUAUGUUGGUUCCAGAAUCAAUCCAUACAUGGACACUCUGGGUGAGCCUGAUUAUCCAGGAGCUGAGAAUCAACUUAACUCUCCAAACUUUUUUGGGGAACCAGACUAUCCCAAUGCUGAGGACUAUCAGAACUCUCCAGACUUUUGGGGGAAGCCUGAUUACCCAGUUGCUGAGAAUGGUCAUGAUUAUGGCUCUUCUGAGACUUCAGAAAUGACCAGAGAGGUGCUCAGCAGAACAUCUUCAAUCCGGCCCUCAUUUCGUCAUAGGGGUGAUGGCCCCUUGGGUGUCCUUGAGAGAGAGAAUGAAGAUUACCCUGAAAGCAUUGCAAUGAAAUCCAUGAGUCCAUAUGGCGACUCUGUGCCCGGGGCUCCUGGCAAUGGCUAUGUGAACCCUGCUUAUGUGGGUGAAAGUAGCCCCCGCCCAGCUUAUGGAAACCCACCAUUGUCUGGAUGCGACUGGCACGAGUCACCCCAAGGACAAAAGUUAAUCGCAUCUCUGAUACCAAUGACAUCUAGAGACAGAAUUAAAGCCAUCAGGACUCAACCAAGAACCAUGGAAGAGAAAAGGAACCUUAAGAAAAUGGUUGACAAAGAGAAAAGUAAGCGGUCCCGUCGUAUGCUUGAGCUCAACUGCUGUGCUCAGUGUCUAAACUCCAUUUCACGGGCGUACCGGAGAUCUAAGAACAGCCUGUCAGAACUGCUCGAUUCCAUCAGCCUAUGGCAGAAGACGCUCAAGGUCAUCGGAGGCAAGUUCGGAACCAGCGUCCUCUCCUAUUUCAACUUUCUGAGGUGGCUUUUGAAGUUCAACAUUUUCUCAUUCAUUGUGACCUUCAGCUUUAUCAUAAUCCCUCAGUUUACGGUGGCCGAGAAGAACACCCUCCAGUUCACCGGACUGGAGUUUUUCACUGGGGUGGGUUAUUUUAGAGACACAGUGAUGUACUAUGGCUUUUACACCAAUUCUACGAUCGGGCACAGGAACGGUGGGGCAUCCUACAACAUGCAGCUGGCCUACCUCUUCACAAUUGGAGCAUGUUUGGUCAUCUGUUUUUUCAGUUUGCUAUUCAGCAUGGCUAGGUACUUCCGGAACAACUUCAUUAACCCCCACAUUUACUCCCGAGGAAUCGCUAAACUGAUUUUCUGCUGGGACUUCACCGUCACUCACGAAAAAGCUGUGAAGCUGAAACAGAAGAAUCUUAGCACUGAAAUAAGGGAAAACCUGUCGGAAAUCCGUCAGGAGAAUGUCAAGUUAAGGCUCAAUCAGCAGCUGAUCCGCUUCUCUGCCCACCUGGCGGCCUGGGUUGUCUCCACUGGAGUGGCAGUUGCCUGCUGCGUAGCUGUUUAUUACCUGGCUGAGAACAACUCAGAGUUCCUGAAGAAGCACAAGGACCCUGGAGCAGUACUGUUGCUGCCUUUCACUGUGUCCUGCAUCAACCUGGCAGUGCCACGCCUCUACUCCCUGUUCAGGCUCGUGGAGCGGUACGAGAUGCCACGGCACGAAGUCUAUGCCCUCCUGAUCCGAAACAUCUUUCUGAAAAUAUCAGUCAUUGGAAUUCUUUGUUACUAUUGGCUCAACAUUGUGGCCCAGGCUGGUGAAGAGUGUUGGGAAACCCUCAUUGGCCAGGAAAUCUACCGACUCCUUCUGAUGGAUUUUGUGUUCUCUUUAGCUGAUUCCUUCCUGGGCGAGUUCCUGAGGAGACUCAUUGGAAUGCAGUUUAUCACAAGCCUUGGCUUACAAGAGUUUGACAUUGCCAGGAAUGUCCUGGAACUGAUCUAUGCACAAACUCUGGUGUGGAUUGGAACCUUCUUCUGCCCUCUGCUGCCCUUUAUCCAAAUGAUUACUCUUUUCAUCAUGUUUUACGUCAAAAAUAUCAGCCUGAUGAUGAAUUUCCAACCUCCCAGCAAAGCCUGGCGAGCCUCACAGAUGAUGACAUUCUUCAUCUUCUUGCUCUUUUUCCCAUCCUUCACUGGGGUCUUGUGCACCCUAGCCAUCACCAUUUGGAGAUUGAAACCUUCAGCUGACUGUGGCCCCUUCCGAGGUCUGCCCUUCUUCAUUUACUCCAUCUACGGCUGGAUCGACACCUUGAGUAAAAGGCCUAGCUACCUGUGGGUUGUUUGGAUCUACCGGAACCUCAUCGGAAGCGUGCAUUUCUUUUUCAUCCUCACCCUCAUUGUGUUAAUCAUCACCUACCUUUACUGGCAGAUCACAGAGGGAAGAAAGAUUAUGAUCAGACUGCUCCAUGAACAGAUUAUUAAUGAGGGCAAAGAUAAAAUGUUCCUGAUAGAAAAGUUGACCAAGUUGCAGGAUAUGGAGAAGAGAACAAACACCACCUCAUUCACAAUGGAAAGGAGAGAUGUAGAGCAACCAGGCCCUUUACCUGUCAGGGAACAUGAUGCUGCUCGUGACCUGCGAUUUAGGCGAUCAGUUCAAGAAGAGAAUUCAAAGGCGUGAUGUUUAUUGUGGCAGCCAGACACCAAUCAAAUGAAAAGACACUCGGGCCUUUCUAAGCUUCCCAGGAGGAGAAUUCAAGCCAUUAGCCAGGACGGGAAACUGACCCCAGUGUAUAUACUCAAGCAAAUUUGGCCAUUCCCUGCUGGUUUUUUAUACCUGGAUUGCUGAUUUUCCAAGAUAAAAUAUUCGGAAUUUUAAAAUAAAGACUAUUGUAACAUUUAAACUGGUUCCUAAAGACCCAGAAGAGAUAACCUGGGAAUUAUGUAUUCAGUCUUUAAGAGAUGUGCAUAUGAAUUAUUGGUCCUUAGAAAUCUCUACUCCCAGACCUGGCAAAGAUUUGGAAACCGGUGCUCAGACAAAUGGUCCAGCCUGAAUAAAAAUGGGAUCCUCAAUCAGGGAUGUGAGGCCUCUGAAUUGGGGAACCUGCAUUUGUUUGUGACUUUGAACUACAUCUGUCCCACCCCAUGUUACCCAAAGGUGAACUACAACGAGAGGUCUUAUCUACAAACUUUAUUGCAUAUCAAGUAUGAGUCUUUGGGGUUGACCUGGGGUUGGUGUGGGUGUGGACGGGGACUCUACCCUUGUGAGGUUGAUACAUGAGUCAGCAUCAAAGUCUUAUGUUGAAUCGAACAUGGAAUCAGCGGUGAUGUGUGAAACAUGUAUGUAUGUAUACGUGUGUGGAAUGAAUAUAUAUGUAUGUGUGUGUGUAUACACACACAUAUGUAUAUAGAGCAUUCUUUUUUGAAAAGUUUUUAUUUAUUUAAGUAAUCUCUACACCCAAUGUGGGGCUUGAACUCAGGACCCUGAAGUCAAGAGUGGUACGCUCUUCUGACUGAGCCAGCCAGGCGCUCCAACAUAGAGUUUCUUUUGCAGAUUUGCCAAAUGAUUCACAAGGCAUGUGACUGUACUUAGAACUGAAGCAUCCAGCAGAAAGGUGGAAUUGACCAAAUUACUCAGGGGAGAAGUCCCCUCUUGCGUAAUCACUACCAUGAAAUGUAAUUGGAACUGAAUUUUGACAACAUUUAACAUGUGUUUGAAACACAAGCAUCCAAUCAAUGCUCAGUCAUCGAUUCACGUUUUCGUUCACUUAUUUAUUCGUUAGCUCAUUU